AUGGAGAUUUUACUUUGUUGUGUGGAAUGUUUACGCAGUGCAGCAGAAAACAGACCUCGAGAAACGACUUCUUCUCCACUUUUAUCAUCAAAAACUCGUAUACUUCAAGCAAACAAUAAAGAAUUUGCCAUGGAUUUGGAAAAAUUAGUUUUAAGAGUAUUUGAAUUAUCGCAGACAUAUUCAGAUAUAACACAUUAUUUAAAAGAAAACCUUUCAGCCAUUUACAAAAAUGAACAAUUCAAUAUCAUUAUUGGGAAAGAUCGUUUUAGUUAUGCUAUUGGUAUUGAAAUUGCACCCUAUAUGGCAAUCGUCAGUUAUAAACAAUAUGUUAUACUUGCAUAUUCCAUAAGGCAAUCACCAUAUGCUGGAAAUGUUUUAGAUAAUCAUCAAACAAAUACUGAAACGAAAAUUGAGCGGUUAAAAUAG